AUGGAUUUAUCAUCAGUACAAUCCUCAAUCCAAUCUCUAGUUAAUGAGAUGAAGGAAAAGAUGUUCUCAUCAAAUUGUGAUCCCUACUCCUUCAUUUCUCCUUCUGCUUAUGACACUGCAUGGUUAGCCAUGAUUCCAGAUCCACACCAACCUUCCCAACCCAUGUUCAAGAAUUGCUUGGAUUGGGUGCUUCACAACCAGAAGGAUGAAGGCUAUUGGGGAGACUCUGAUUCCCAUGGCAUGCCCACCAAUGAGUGCCUUCCUGCAACUCUUGCUUGCAUUGUUGCACUCAAAAAGUGGAAUGUCGGGACAGUAUGUGUAGAAAAAGGGUUGGCAUUUAUUGAGGCAAACACCGAGAAGCUACUUGAAGAAAUGGACAACCACGCUCCCCGCUGGUUUGCCAUCGUUUUCCCAGGGAUGGUUGAACUUGCACGUACAGUUGGUGUGCGGCUUGUCUUCCUCCCUGGGUCAAACGGAGUCAUCUCAGAACUAUUCAACACGCGGCAACAAAUUCUUGAAAAGGAGAAAGAUGCGGAGACGUACCAAAGUUUGCCAUUGUUUUCAUAUCUUGAAGCACUGCCUGCAGCUUAUGAGAUUGAUGAAAAUGAUAUAAUCAAGCAUUUGAGCAGCGAUGGGUCUUUGUUCCAAUCCCCCUCCGCCACAGCAUCUGCAUUUAUGGCCACUGGAAACAAACACUGCGUGGCUUAUCUACUAUCACUUGUUCAAAGAUCAUGUGAUGGUGGAGUUCCAGCAACGUAUCCCAUGGAUGAAGAGCUCAUAAAGCUUUGCAUGGUCAACCAAGUAUUCAGGUUGGGUCUGGCUGAGCGUUUCAUCGAAGAGACGGAAAAGGUUUUGGCACAAGUUUACAGGAAUUACAUGAAUCAAGAAUCAUGGGCAAAACCAAGCAAUUUAGUUGCAGCACAGCAAGCUCUAUUUAAAGACUCGUUAGCAUUUCGGCUCCUGCGCAUGCAUGGGUAUGCUUUACCGUCGGAUAGCUUUUGUUGGUUCUUACAACAUGAAGAUAUUCGAGAUCAAAUAGAAAACAACCAUGGAUACUUCUCAAGUGCAAUGUUUAAUGUCUAUAGAGCUACAGAUCUCAUGUUUUCAGGAGAAUACGACCUUCAGGAGGCUAGAUCAUUUUCAAAGAAAUUACUUGAGAAAACUGUUUCAGUGGGAACUAGAGACCAAACUCAUUUUAUAUCAUCAAACUUGCCAAGAUUGAUUGAGCAUGAGUUGAGUCUUCCAUGGUUUGCUCGACUGGAUCACCUGGAACAUAGGAUGUGGAUUGAAGAAAAGGACUCCAAUGUUCUCUGGAUGGGAAAGGCUUCUCUCCAUAGGUUAUCACUCCCUCAUAAUGGUGAAAUUAUACUUCUUGCCAUGCAAAACUAUGAAUUUAGGCAGUCAGUAUACAAGAAUGAACUUGAGGAACUGAAAAGGUGGUCCAAGGAUUGGGGUCUUAGUGAUAUGGGAUUUGGUCGAGAGAAAACUACGUAUUGCUACUUUGCUAUUGCCUCCAGCACUUCCUUGCCUUACAAUUCUCAAAUACGAAUGAUGGUCGCAAAGAGUGCAAUAGUUAUUACAGUGGCUGAUGACUUCUUUGACAUGGAAGGUUCUCUAAUUCAGUUGAAGGAUCUCACUGAUGCAGUUCAAAGAUGGGAUGGUAAGGGUUUGAGCGGCCAUAGUAAGAUUAUCUUUGAUGCCCUUGAUAAUCUUGUAAGUGAAAUUGCAACACAAUACCUCCAACAACAAGGACGUGACAUAAUAAACAAUCUUCAAGAUCUAUGGUAUGAAACGUUUGCUUCGUGGUUUACGGAAUCCAUGGGGGGUAAAAUUGGAAGCAUACCUUCAAUGAAGGAGUAUCUUGAAACUGGCAUGACGUCGAUAGCCACACACACCCUUGUUCUUCCAGCUUCAUGCUUCUUGAACCCGAGUUUACCAAUCUCCAAACUAAGGCCACAACAGUAUGAAAGCAUUACAAUACUACUCAUGCUUAUCGCUCGUCUGUUGAAUGACGUACAAAGCUACCAGAAGGAAAAAGAUGAAGGGAAAGUAAACUCGGUUUUGCUCUACUUACAAGAAAACCCGGAGGCAGGCAUUGAAGACUCAAUCGCUUUUGUGAGAGAGAUACUCGAUAAAAAGAAGAAAGAGUUUCUCCAACAUGUUCUUAUGGAUGGAUAUAGUGAUUUGCCGAAGCCAUGCAAGCAUCUCCAUCUAUCUUGUUUGAAAGUAUUUCAGAUGUUCUUCAACUCUACCAAUCGAUACGAUUCCAACACAAAAAUGCUUCAAGACAUAAAUAAAGCAUUCUACCUUCCUCUUGAAGUUGGAAACUCGAAGCCUCUGAUCCCUCUUCCGCAUCUUCAAACUGGAACAAAGAAGGAACAUCCGACAAUCAACUCCUACUUCAACCGCCCCUCCAAGCAAUAUUACAUCAUGAGCAGAAGCUUUGCAACACGACCAAUUUCUUGGUCUACUUCAACAGAUUAUGGACCUGGGAAAAUGUUUAUACCGCCAAAAUUUAGGUUCUGUUUCACUUAAGUCGUUACUGAUCCACCCAA